AUGCCGCUGGACGCCGCGGGGCUGCUGCUGCUGCUGCUGCUGCUGGCCGGCGCGCGCCCGGCGCUGGCGGGAGGAGCGGCGGGCUACGCGCAGGUCAAGUACAUGCAGCCCAUGGUGAAGGGGCCGCUGGGGCCGCCCUUCCGCGAAGGCAAAGGGCAGUACCUAGACAUGCCGCCCAUGCUGCCCAUGGACCUCAAAGGGGAGCCAGGACCGCCCGGGAAGCCAGGCCCCCGCGGGCCACCCGGCCCCCCCGGAUACCCAGGAAAGCCGGGCACCGGGAAGCCAGGAAUGCACGGCCAGCCCGGGCCCGCCGGGCCGCCCGGCUUCUCGGGCAUCGGCAAGCCCGGCAUCCCGGGCCUGCCCGGAAAGGCGGGAAUGAAAGGCAUGCCCGGAGCCAAGGGCGAGCCCGGCAUGAGAGGAGAGCAAGGGCCACGGGGGCUGCCGGGCCCGCCGGGGCUGCCGGGGCCGGCGGGCAUCUCGGUGAACGGCAAACCCGGCCCGCAGGGCGGCCCGGGGCUGCCGGGCUUCCGGGGCGAGCCGGGCCCCAAGGGGGAGCCGGGGCCGCGCGGCGAGCUAGAAAAACAAACCACGUUUGUCUGUGGUCACCACUUGGUCUCACUAGCGCCUGAAACGCCGUUCAUCGACGUGAGCGAGAGCUGCGAGGCUCUGGGGAAGGGGGUGCAGACCCUGACCUGCGCUGCUCUGUCCUCUGCUAACGGCAGCAACUGA